AAAAGGGACUGUCCCUCUAAAAACGGGAUAGUUGGGAGGUAUGCAUAGUGUUGCUUGGCGGAUGUUGGCUCGCAAGCACCCUGUGGGAAUUGCUGUAGUGCGAAUUCCAUUAUUUUCAAUAGGGCUUCAUUUUGUGUGUAUUUACGAUCUGCUGCACGUUUUUAAAAAAGCAAAGUACAAACGCCACGUGUGACCUCGCCCCUUACUUUAUAAUAUAGUUUCCCUUUAAAGUGAGCUACCCCUUUAACUAUACAUUCACUGUUCUGUUAAUACCCCGCUACGCCUAUGGAAACAAGCAGUGCGUCCAAAGCCUGAGUGUGGGGAGUCUGUCACUGUCCCAUAAACACUCAAAUGCAGCCGCAGUGGGAAGGCCUAAAAUAGACUUUGUACGAUGCCCAAAAUAGACGGCUCCAGUGAGAGAAGCCACCGGAGAGACGCUCGGCUACAAUGGAGGCCAGUGCCAUCCUGCUAGCUUUCAAUAACAUAUAUAUCGCUAUUUUUGCCCUCUUUUGCUUUAAGCUACUAAUCAAGGUGUCCUUGGCUCUGCUCACACACUUUUAUAUUGUCAGGGGGAACCGGAAGGAAGCAGCCAGGAUAGCCGAGGAGAUCUAUGGCAUAGCUCAAGGUUCUUGGGCAGACAGAUCUCCUCUGCACGAUGCAGCAUUUCACGGGCGCCUUCUUUCUCUCAAAACUUUAAUUGCACAGGGAUUUAAUGUAAACCUUUUGACCAUAGACCGCGUUUCUCCUCUUCAUGAAGCGUGCCUUGGGGGCCACGUAGCCUGUGCUAAAACAUUACUGGAGCAUGGAGCAUAUGUUAAUACAGUGACUAUAGAUGGGAUCACACCCCUGUGCAAUGCCUGCAGCUGUGGAAGUGUUGCCUGUGUCAGUAUGUUAUUGGACUACAGCGCUAACCCAGAGCUAGAGACCCAGCUAGUCUUUCCUCUACAUGAAGCAGUUAAAAGAGGUCACAGGGAAUGUGCAGAGAUUCUGAUUGCCCACGGAGCAGAUGUAGAUAAGGAGUUGCUGAACUGCGGCUCACCCCUUUAUGUGGCCUGUACCAACCAGAGAACUGGAUGUGUCAAGAAGCUCCUUGAGUUAGGAGCAAAUGUGAACUGUGGAAAUUUCCGAGACACCCCCCUGCAUGCGGCAGCUAGGAAGUCAAGUGAAGAAAUUGCAAGGUUGCUGGUUGACUAUGGAGCUAAUGUAAAGUGUAAAAAUACUGAAGGCAAAUACCCGGUGGAGCUCGCAGCACCCAGGAGUCCUGUAGAACAAGUGCUUUUAUUUGCAGAAGGCCCCGCUACGCUGGCUCAGUUAUGCCGACUUUGCGUACGAAACUAUCUGGGAUCUUCCUGCCUCCAGAUAAUUCCCCAGCUGCAUUUACCGGAGAGACUAGAGCAAUUCCUUUUAUACCGGUAGUUCUUUAGGGGCUGAUAUGUCAACUAAGAUGUUGUCUCUUUUGGGCCGGGUCGGAUUCCAUGUAACACUUUCUAGGGGGGGUGUUUGAAUCACACCCUUCAAUAGGUUAGAUGUGAAUUGCACUCAAAGGGGUAGUUCACUUUCACUUUAAUGUUUAUUAUGUUAUAGAAUGUCCUAUUCUUUGUAUGUAGGAGAAGGAGCGGCCAUAUUGUGGCCUCUUGUGAGACAAUUUCCAUAUAAUAGUAAAACCCAGUAUAUCUAUGGGCACUACAUGGAACUGGUUGUACAGAGUAUGCAGAAAAUUCUUACAUAAGGAAGGGAAUGCUUUCUGCAUUAUGGCCUUUAUACAUUUGGUUUAGCCAAUCACAGUGGACAGUGUCAUGCCUAUAAUUUUCUACCAAUGGCAGACGGCUUUUAAGGCCCCACACUUAUUAGUAACCACAAUACCUUACAGCGGACAGGGUAGGAGAUAAUCAAGGGAACGACCAGGGUUAUAACUAUAAGGGGGAGUUGUGAAGGUCCCUAAUCCGAUACAUUUGAUUAUCCACACCGUCACCUAUUCCGUCAUUAGCAUAAAACAAUCAACAAUAUAUAUUUAGAAAAAAGUAUAUUUAGAAAAAAAUAUGCUGGGGAUGUAAACCCAAAAAUAACAUCAUGCCUAAUAAAGGAAAUGUAAUUCUAAACAGCCUUUCCGAUUUAUUGAAAAAUGUUUAAUGGUUUUAAAGAUCACAGCUAGCUAAUGCGCAUUGUUUCAUUAGUCAAAACCAGCAGUGCAGAGAAUACAAGCCACAGUGGCGUAACUAGUUGUUACUGGGCCCCAUAGCAA